GGGGCGGGUGCCGAGGCCGGCGGCGCGGCGCGGAGGGAAGGGGGUUUUGGAGGCCGGGCGCGGCGCUGCAGGAUUUCCCCUUUCCCUGGCCAGCCUCGCCGCCGCCGCCAUGGAGUUCGCGGAGCUGAUCAAGACGGCGACGGUGGAGAGCGUGCUGCUGUCGGGCGCGGGGCUGCCGCCGGUGCGCGGCACCCUGUGCAUCACCAGCCACCACCUGCUGCUCUCGUCCUGCCCGGGGGGGGACGGGGCGCCGGGCGCCAUCGAGCUCUGGCUGCUCAUCCGCAAUGUGGACGCCGUGGAAAAGCGAGUGCAGAACCUAGGCUGGUACCAGCCCCCCCGGACUAACGGCUCCCCGCGAGGCACCAGGCUCGCCGGCUCCUCCGGCACCAUCACGCUCAGGUGCAAAGACCUGAAGGUGCUGCAGCUGGAGAUCCCAGGCAUGGAGGAGUGCCUCAACGUCGCCAGCUCCAUCGAGGCCCUCUCCUCCGUGGACUCCGUGAUGCUGACGUACCCGUUCUUCUACAGACCCCAGAGCCUGAGGCUCGAGGCCGGGUGGCACCUUUUCCCCCUCGAGCGGUACCACGAGCAAAUCGCCGCCCAGACGAGCCAGUGGCGGCUGAGCAGCGUCAACAGGGACUUCACCGCCUGCCCCACGUACCCGCCCGUCGUCAUCGUGCCGGCGGCCCUGGACGAUGACGCCUUGAGGAAGGCGGCCCGGUUCCGGCACGGAGGGCGAUUCCCUGUCCUCAGCUAUUACCACCGGAAAAAUGGGACCGCGAUGCUCCGCAGCAGCCAGCCGCUGACGGGCCCCAACCGCAAGCGCUGCCGCGAGGACGAGCUGCUGCUGGCGACGGUGCUGGAGGAGGAGGGCGAACGCGGCUUUAUCAUCGACACGCGGUCGGCCCAGGCGGCGAAGCAGGCCCGCGUGACGGGCGGCGGCACCGAGCCCAAGUCCUCCUACCCGCGCUGGAAGCGGCUGCACCGGCCCCUGGAGAGGGGCCGGCCGCUGCAGGAGAGCUUCGUCAAGCUGGUGGACGCCUGCAGCGACACCUCGCUCACCAUGGACCGGUGGCUGAGCCGGCUGGAGAGCUGCCGCUGGCUGAGCCACGUCAAGGCGGCCUUGAGCACCGCCUGCCUGGCCGCGCAGUGCAUGGACAGGGAGGCGGCGUGCGUGCUGGUGCACGGGGCGGAGGGGACGGACACGACGCUGCUGGUGACGGCGCUGGCGCAGCUGAUCCUCGACCCGGGCUGCCGCACGCUGGCGGGUUUCCAGGGGCUGCUGGAGCGGGAGUGGAUCGAGGCCGGACACCCCUUCCACCUCCGCUGCGCCCGCUCCGCCUACUCCCACGCCCGGCCCAAGCAGGAGGCGCCGCUCUUCCUCCUCUUCCUCGACUGCGUGUGGCAGCUGGGCCGCCAGUUCCCCUUCUCCCUGGAGUUCGGCGAGCGUCUGCUCCUCACCCUCUUCGACAACGCCUACGCCUCCUCCUACGGGACCUUCCUGGGCAACAACGAGAAGGAGAGGUGCCUGUGCAAGGUGAAGGAGAGCACGCACUCCCUGUGGGCCUGGCUGAACCAGCCCGGGGAGAAGAAGAAGUACCUGAACCCUCUGUACUCGCACAACGCCCUGGUCAUCUGGCCCUCCGUGGAGCCCCAGAGCAUCCAGCUCUGGCAGGGUUUAUUCUUGCGGUGGAUCCGUUCAUCCGAAUACCUAGAUGAGGCCUGGGCAGAGAUCCAGCGAUUAGUAGGGAAUGACGAUGGCUCCGUGGAGGAGAGCGCGGGGAACAGACGGAGCCCGUCGCUCUCAGACACCACUGCCCAGACUGAAAACGAGCGAUGAGUGGCAGCGCGGGUGACGACAGCGGGGCAGGAGCGGGUCGCAGAGCUGUUGCUCCUGCAGGCUGCCAGGCCCAGACAAGACACUGCAGCUUUUGGCAGGAAGCUCUGCGCAGGACGCAUGCCUGGAGGAGCCCAGACACGCCUGGAGCGCAACGGACAUCCUUGGGAGGGUGGGACGAACUCACGCUAGCAGCCUUUGGGCUACACAGGCCGAGCUUGUUACAGUAAAGUGGUCUCUGUCGCAGUCUGCUCCUGCUUUCCAUGCGGGCUGUUCCUCAGGCAGGAGCUGGGCAGUGCAGCUCUCAGGAGCAGCAAGGGCAGGCUCCUUGGAAGCAGGGCUUGAUCCUGCUUUCUUCCCCAGCAGUAUUUCAGCAGCUCUUGCACCUGGACCGCCAGCGGAGCAGAAGGGCAUGAGACAGCAGGAGGUCAAUGUGCCCAGGAGCAACAGCCUCUGACAGCUCCAGCUACUGCGUCUGACUCGCAGCCCCUGGCCCGUGACUGAGGCAUGGUUGGCACAGCAAAAACUAAGCGGCAGAACACACUUAAAUCACACCACCCUCUGCACAAGGGGCACGUUGGCUGUGGCCUACGUAUUGCAUCAGUCACUCUGAACGGGGAGCCAGCCUGAGAAAUGUGCCCUUGAACCCAGUAUCAAGGAAGGAAAGAGAUGCAAACCACCCCUCCAGCCAGACCCAGGCAGAGAGGGUGGAACGAUCAGGAAUUGCAACACAGCCUUCCUAGUGCAGGAAAUAACUGUUCCAUGAGGAAAGUUGGCUCAGGGUCAGUCCAGCAGAUAAACAAAGCACCAGAACUGGGCGUGCGUGUCAUCUGGAAAACAAUGACUGACUGCUGCAUUUCCAGCCUCUUUACAGAUUCAGCAUUUCUAGGCUUGGCCUGAACAAUAGACAGAUCAUCACUGGGAGAGAGUUAACUUGGGCCUAGGGGAGGAGAGAAGCCUGGGGAAAAAACAGCAUUGCUGUCUUCUGACAGCUGCAGAGAGCAAGACAGCCAACAUAGCCAGGAAAGCAAAGAAGUCAGGUUAUUUUUUUCCCAGGCCAAAAGAACAGAGCCACUUUUCAUUGUGUUUACAAAAGAGUUCUAUUUAUUUCCUGUUGUUUUUUUUUUCCCCACUGAUACAUAAAUAUGAGCAGGGCGGGGAACCAACCCAACUCCUUUCCCUGCCUUCACUCCACCUCACACGAAAGCUAGUCCUGCCAUUUCGAGCUGGUUUGGUUCCUCGUUCACCACCUUCAUGCAGCCCCAGUGUGUGCUGCUAACCACUUCCUGUGGAGCAGACUAACUUCAGACCUUACAACAGUUCUGCAGAGAAGCCAAUGGAUUGGGAAAUGGAGUGGAAGAGGAAAGAAGACAGGAAGUGCUCCUUUAAGCUUCAAAUUCAAAUUCGAAGUACUGGGGAUCAAAGUAAUGGAUGCGAACGUAGCCAUCCUCACCACCACUGCUGUAACUGUAUGGGAGAAAAGAUGAGAUAAAAAUCACCAAUCCUUGUCAUGA